GAAUCGAGAUGUCGAAGAAUAGGGAGUUAGGUGUUGGAACAAGUUUUAAAAAUUUUUUAAACAAUGUCAGAUCGUUAUUUAGUGUUAACUACUUUUGAGAAAACGAGUGAUGUCUAAAAAACAUUACACUAUUAGAUGCAAGUUUUGCCUGAAAGGGUGGACAAAUCGAUUUCGUUUAAAGGGAAAGCGAUGACAAGAGGACAAACCCCGCCAAAACGAUAGACGUAUUGGUAGUCCAGUUGGUGGUCCAAUUCAUGAAGUUCAUCAGACGUAUUCGGCAUUUACGUGAGCAAGCGAAUUGUAGAAUGUGCAUACUAGCAGGGAUGUAUUAUUAUGAUUAUCACGGAUCCUUUUAGAGCUACCUAUUGCCAAUGGCGAGUGCCAUUAAAGUUUUAUGUUAAUAUUGGUGACAGUUAGUGAAUAGUGUGGUAUUGUGUGUGAACAUUUAAUUUCAGCAUUUGAAGCUCAUGAGGCCAAGGCCAAUCUUUCAAAAAUACACAAUGAAGUGCAGUUGAUUUCUUCACAUAAUUUUGUUAAAGAUAUACAUCGAAAAUGACGGACGAAGUAUUUUCAUGCGGAGACUAUGUAAAGAGCCUCGUAGAUAAUGUCAAAGACAAUUGUAGAAAUGUUGAAGAGAUGGCAAUGUUGGAAAUAAAUGCGCGACAUAUCCCACUUAUUAAUUCAACAUUAUGUCUCACGAACGUGGAUUGCAAAAUUAUUUUAGACAAGUGUCAACAUCAUUGCCAUAAUGUGCUGGAAACUUCAAUAUUGUUAAUUGCUCUUACAGAUUUCAUUUCAUGUGUCUCUGCAAAUUAUGAAACUUUUCCUAUAGGAAGCAAAAAAAAUGAGACAAGACGAAUUACUUUACUUAUGCAAGCACUAAAAAAUACUUGGAGCAAGCUCUUUGCAAAUCUAUCUCCUGCAGAUAUGAAUAUUAGUCAGAUGACUGGUAUUGUCAACAUUAUUAAGAGAUGUUUGGAAAGAAUUCCUCCUGAAAGCACAUACAAAACGUAUAUGGAAAGAAUUUCAAAUAUGACAGAUCAAGCAUUACAAAAAUUAUUAAAGCCACCAGCAACCGAAGACAUUCAUGAUGAUACAGAAAAACAAUCCAGAGAAAUUACCUCUUCAAAAUCAUAUGAUGUUGCAAAUACUCCUAAAUUGCCAGAGACAGUCUUCCAAGUACUAGGGAACAAACCUGUGGAUCAAAGAAAGGAACGCAAAAGAAAUGUGAAGCAAUCUUGUGAUAUAACUAAGUUUAUUUUGAAGCCUUGUGAGAACAUGAGGAGAGAAGAAACUAGUAAAAAACCAGAGAAAAAUCUAAUGCGUAAGAGAAAAUUUGAAGAUACUGUCAGAUCAGAACAGGCAGUUUUAGGGUGUGAUCAAAUUGAGAAGGACCCUUCAGAGCGUCUAGAAGCAGAUGAAACACCACCUGCCAAAAGGCACAGUGUGCAUGAUGAUUUGAUUAAUGGCAAGAUGAAUGCUUUCAAGAUGUUAAUGAAACCUCGCAAAGCACAUAAUCAGGCAAAACAAUCUAGUGAAAAUUCUAUGAGUAAAAGGAACAAAACAAAUGAAAAAUGAUCUUUUAUAGUUGGUAUGUUGAGAAUUUUCUAUUACAAACUUUUAUUGUAUAGUUUAUGGUGCAUUGAUAUUGUAUUGAACGUAUGAAAUCAAUUUUUGUUUCAAGUAUUAAAUGAUUGAUGUUUUAUUUCAAGUAUGGAAGUGAAAAAUGAAAAUAAAGGAAAUGUUACUAGAGCUUAAGGUGUUUAAUUUUAGCCUUCUUUCUCUGGUAAUGGCUCAGUGAACUUAGGAAAUACGUCCUUGAAAUUAAUUCCCUCUUGGAAUAUGUAUUGCCUCAGUGCCACAAAUUCCAACACCAGGCAGCUUGAAAAAAAAAAUCAUUGGCCAAAAGUCUCCCCUGAGAUGAAGGUAGCGGGCAGGGAAUGAGCAUCUUACUUAGGGGCCGCCCAUAAAUAAUAUAACGCCAAAGAGGGAGGAGUGAGUUUCAGGCAGUGUUACAUAGGGAAAUAAAGGCUGUGUCCUUCAUGGGCUACAACUAGUGGUGUGACAUGGGAUUGCUUGAUUCAGUUUCAAGUUUGAUGCUACUUGAUAUUCAGUUAUAUUCUAUGAAGGUGACAGGAAGUGUGCGACUGCCUCAAUCCCACAACCUGGUGACCUCUCCUAUGCUGCAAGGAAGAGCUAUCAGAUUAAUUAGGUUGUGCCAUCCCACUAUCAAAUGGAUCUCGUUUGUUAUUAGGUGUAUAUAAGGACCUACAAAGAGUGGGACUAUGUUCCAACAGUAGAAGAGCAAUUGAAGGGUGUCAAGACAUUACAAUACUUAAGAGACAGUGGACAAAGCAGAAUCAAGCAUGGAGAAAACAAGUACUCUCGAGAAGGAUCUAGAGAAAUUUCAAAUGAAAAAUGUGCAAAGCAAACAAUUGAAAAUUACACAUUUUUUAAGGACAAACAAAAAUAUUGAAAUUGUUUGUGCUGUUAAUGUAUUUUACUGUAUCUCUAUAUUAAUGAAAUCAAAAAUUGUGGAGAAAUUCAAUUUAAUUUUGACAUCCGAUAUAGUGAACCAAAAACGUUAGUUCCCAGAAAUUCACUCUAACUAGAUAAGACUGUUUUUGAGCUGCCAGGUGUGCUAUUGGCUGAAGUUUGAACUGUUCUGUUCAGAUUUUCUUAUUUGUUACUUUUGCCAGGCCACAAAAAAUAAAUGAAGGUAGAUUAUCAACUCCUUUUGU